UUACAGAGCAAUACUGAAAGGCAAGUAUGCUGCGUCAGACAGAUACUUGUUAAACUGUAAGGUGGGACAGUAAACAGAUUAGCUGUUUACUCAUAGGGAUAUAAAAAAAAAAACUAACCAACAGGAUUGUUUUGAAAGUCGGGAUCUCGCUUUUCUUCAUCCACCUGAACCACAAAAGCCUCAAUACAACACUUUCCUCCAAGAAACCUUCGUGUUCACCACGCCGUUGGACGUUUUCUGCCUUAGAAGUGUCAGUUUAUCUUCUCUAUCAAACCAUAUGUUUACUUCUAUAUCUCCAUGUAUCAUUACCUCGUGAUCAUUUAUGCGUAUUAGAUUUUUUCUCUUAUUGUGUUACAUACUCUAUCUGGAAAUCUGCUCUGAUUGGAAACGUUAUUUUUGAUGAAAUCCUCAUCAUUUUUUGAAGGAUUUUUAAAUGUGAUCCUAAAUCACAUCCAUGUAGCCCCUCCUCCUCCUCCUCCUCUUCACUGCUGUUGACGACGAGCCAAAGGAGCUGCGAGUCAGUCUGACACCAAACACAGAGGAAGCCAGAGGAUCUCCAGAGAAUAGGAGAGAGCGAGAGCAGGGAUCAAGUGCAACAGCUAGGAUAACCUCAUAUUUCUCGGACUCUUCCAAAAGGAGUAAAAAGAGAAAGUGGAGAUUGCAUCUGCAGGAUUUUAUGCCUGUGUUUGUGAGUAAAGACUGUGAACUAAACAGGUUUUCUUUCUUAUAAAGUGGAUCCUUCCUUAAUCUGCAGACCACUUUUCCUUUACUUUCUAUAACACUAUGGAAGCUUUAAGUUAUAGACAGUUAAGUUCAGUUCAUGCUUUAGAAAUGUAUUGUGUUGUUAGUUGAUUGAAUAGUGUAUGUCAGUGAUAACAAUGGUUGAACCCGUUGGGUUUGUAGAGGCGUGGAGAGCACAGUUCCCUGAGUCUGAUCCCCCUUGCAUGGAGCUGAACUCUAUGGGGGACAUUGAACAAGAACUGGACAAAUGCAAGUCUUCAAUCAGACACUUGGAGAAGGAAGUAAACAAGGAGCGCUUUCGGAUGAUCUACCUGCAGACUCUGCUUGCAAAGGAGAGGAAGUCUUACGACGGGCAGCGAUGGGGAUUUAAAAGGAUGCCCCAGAUGAGUGAUGGAGACCUGCCUGGUGGACCGGACAGCCACAGGUCCCACACGGAUGAGGUGUCGGCGGAGGAGCAGCAGAGGGUGCCCAGCAAGCCUGAGAGGUGUAAACCACAUUCAGAGACGGAAGUGGAUGGUGCGUCCCCAGCCAAACAGAUGGGCGGGGUGUCACCAGUCCGUCCGGAUUCAGAGAUUCCUGACAUCCCACUGGGCACAGGUUCAGUGGCAGCGCUGAGGUCCAACUUUGAGCGCAUCAGGAGAGCCAACUCUCACACAGCUGGUGAUGGCAAAGGGUUGUCAGUGACGGGCGGUCAGGAGAAACCCUUCUAUGUAAACAUGGAGUACCAUUUCGAGCGAGGGCUGGUCAGAGUCAACGACAGGGAGGUCUCAGACAAGAUCAGCACCCUUGGCUCUCAGGCCAUGCAGAUGGAGCGUAAGAGGUCCUUACACUCCUUGCCGGGGAACCUGUCAGCCGCCACGGGGGACAUAAACAAGGCUGUUCAGAGAGGGAGGUCCACUGAGGGAAACUACAACUACAAUGGUUCAUAUGACGAAGCGGAGGUCAGCCCACACUUCCUGAAAGACAGCAUGAUCCGUUCCGCUGGGGGGAAGCCUGAGAGACAUUCAGUGGAGUGCCAGCCUUACACCAGUGUGUAUGUUGGGGGGAUUAUGGCUGAGGGGGACACUCGAGUCAUCCACAUUAGGGACCACAGCAUUGAGGAGGAUGCUCACCUCACUUGGCCGAGGCGUUCCUACUCUCCCGGCAGCUUUGAUGACGUUGGAGGAGGCUACACGCCGGACUGCAGCUCCAACGAGAACUUAACAUCAAGCGAGGAAGACUUCUCCUCUGGACAGUCCAGCCAUGUGUCUCCUAGUCCCACCACCUAUCAGAUGUACAGGGAGAAGAGCCGCUCACCUUCACAGCACUCUCAGCAGUCUUUUGAGAGCAGCAGUCCUCCCACACCUCUGUCUCAGAAGCGUCUGAAGCAGCAGGUGAUGGUAUCCGAGGCCUCCAUCAUUGGAGUCCGUAAAACAGGCCAGAUCUGGCCCAGUGACGGGGACUCCACCACGUCCAGCAGGACCUCUCACCACAGCAGUGUUCAAGGAGAUCUGGAGGCUCCGUACAAUGAGACCCCUUCGUCAUACGGUUAUGACCUGGAGCAUUCAGAGGAGCACCAGCCCCGUCAAGACCCUCUAUCCUUCACUGGAUCCCCUUCCUCCUCGCCUCGGCUCCGCUCCAAGAGCCGGUGCAGCCGAGACACCCAGUCGUCCGGCUCCCUGGAGUCCACGCUGUCGGUGGAGCUGGAUCAGGAAAAGGGGCUGGAGAUGAGAAAAUGGGUUCUGUCAGGAAUCCUGGCCAGCGAGGAGACCUACCUCAGCCACCUGGAGGCACUUUUGAUCCCCAUGAAGCCUUUGAGGGCCGCAGCCACAACCUCCCAACCGAUGCUGACCAUCCAACAGAUAGAAACAAUCUUCUUCAAGGUGCCAGAGCUCCACGAGAUCCACAAGGACUUCUAUGAUGCUCUGCUGCCCAGAGUCCAGGAAUGGAGCCACCAGCAGUGCGUUGGCGACCUCUUCCAGAAACUGGCCAGCCAGCUCGGAGUGUACCGGGCCUUCGUGGAUAACUAUAAGGUUGCUGUGGAGACGGCAGACAAGUGCUGCCAGGCAAACGCACAGUUUGCAGAGAUAUCUGAGAAUCUCAAAGUCAAAAGCACAAAGGACUGCAAAGACCAGGCGGCAAAAAAUUCACUGGAAACUCUUCUCUACAAACCCGUGGACAGAGUGACGCGCAGCACACUCGUUCUGCAUGACCUACUGAAGCACACGCCCUCCUGCCACCCAGACUAUCCACUGUUACAGGACGCCCUGCGCAUCUCCCAGAACUUCCUGUCCAGUAUUAAUGAAGAGAUCACUCCACGCAGGCAGUCCAUGACAGUUAAGAAAGGAGAGAACCGUCAGCUUCUGAGGGAUCGCUUCAUGGUGGAGCUGGUGGAAGGUUCCAGGAAACUACGUCACGUCUUCCUCUUCACAGACCUGCUGCUCUGUACCAAACUGAAGAAGCAGGCCGCGGGGAAAGGCCAACAAUAUGACUGUAAGUGGUACAUCCCGCUAGCUGACCUGACCUUCCAAACCCUCGAGGACUGCGAGUCCACCCCCAUCCCUCUGGUGCAGGACGAGGAGAUCGACGCCAUGAAGAUCAAAAUCUCCCAGAUCAAGAACGAGAUCCAAAGAGAGAAGAGAACUACCAAAGGAUCCAAGGUGAUUGAGCGACUGAGGAAGAAGUUAUCAGAGCAGGAGUCUCUGCUGCUUCUCAUGUCGCCCAGCAUGGCGUUCAGAGUGGCCAACAGAAACGGCAAGGGUUUCACAUUUCUAAUCUCCUCUGACUAUGAGCGUGCUGAGUGGAGAGAGAUCAUUCGAGAGCAGCAGAAGAAGUGUUUUAAAAGCUUCUCUCUGACCUCUCUGGAGCUGCAGAUGCUCACUAACUCAUGUGUGAAGCUCCAGACUGUUCACACUAUCCCAAUGACCAUGAAUAAAGAAGACGAUGAAUCUUCUGGUUUGUACGGCUUCCUGAACGUCAUCGUCCACUCUGCGUCGGGACUCAAACAAAGCAUGAACCUUUACUGCUCUCUGGAGGUGGAUUCUUACGGCUACUUUGUCAACAAAGCCAAAACACGUGUGUACAGAGACUCUACAGAGCCCAACUGGAACGAGGAGUUUGAGAUUGAACUGGAGGGCUCUCAAACUCUGAGGUUGCUCUGCUAUGAGAAGUGUUGCAUCAAACCCAAGCAGAGCAAAGAAGAUGGAGAGAUGACUGACAAGAUCAUGGCCAAAGGACAGAUAAAGUUGGAUUCACAGACAUUGCAAAAUAAAGACUGGCAAAGGACAGUCAUCGCUAUGAAUGGGAUUGAGGUGAAGCUUUCCAUGAAGUUCACCAGCAGAGAGUUCAGCCUGAAGCGAAUGCCUUCACGGAAACAGUCUGGCGUCUUCGGAGUGAAAAUCCACGUAGUUACUAAGCGAGAACGCUCCAAGGUUCCUCUCAUUGUGAGACAGUGCGUGGAGGAGAUCGAGCGACGGGGGAUGGAGGAGGUGGGGAUCUACAGAGUGUCCGGUGUCGCGACUGAUAUCCAGGCACUAAAGGCUGCCUUUGAUUCGAACAACAAGGACGUGUCUUUGAUGAUGAGGGAGAUGGACGUGAACGCCAUCGCUGGAACACUGAAGCUGUAUUUCCGUGAGCUGCCGGAGCCUCUUUUCACUGAUGAGCUGUAUCCCAACUUUGCUGGAGGCAUCGCUCUCUCUGACAGUGUAGCAAAGGAGAGCUGCAUGCUCAACCUGCUGCUGUCUCUACCGGAACCCAAUCUGGUCACCUUCAUCUUCCUCCUAGACCACCUAAAAAGGGUGACAGAAAACGAGGGCGUCAACAAGAUGUCUUUGCACAAUCUAGCCACAGUCUUUGGCCCCACUUUGCUUCGACCGUCUGAAAAAGACAGCAAGAUCACCGUCAACAGCUCACAGCCGAUCUCCAUGAACGACAGCUGGUCUCUCGAGGUCAUGGCUCAGGUGCAAGUCCUCCUCUACUUCCUCCAGUUGGAGAGCAUCCCAACACCUGACAGCAAACGUCAAAGCCUUCUCUUCUCUACUGAAGUAUAACAGGAGCAUAAAAAAAACAAAAAACGUCCUGUUCAAAGGAAGAAUGUCAGCUGCUUAAUAAGGUGGAUGCUGCUGAGCAGUUACGACUGGCCGGUUUACUGAGCAGAUGCACAAUUCAGCCACCAGGGGGAGCCAUCUACACAUUGUAAACUGGAAACAGCCACCAUGACCAAAGCUGUCUCUCUUCAUGAGAUGUGAUGAGCAUGUGUGUGUUCUGUUUACGUACAAGCUUGCCUGCUGUGUCAGUGAAUGACAUCCCUGUAUGAUGUAUGGACUAAAUAUAUUCCUUUUUUUUAUUAUUAUUUAAAUUUUCAAGAAGCAUAAUUUGCUGUACCCAUUCUGUCACUGUGCACAUUAGCUCCAUAUUCACAGAGGGGGGGAAUUCUGUUGUUUUGUAAGACUUAUUGCUGUGGAUGAAAGGUAAUUUGAUAGGACAUAUUUUUCAUGUCUGCACAAAUCCCCCCCCCCCCCCCCCCCCACUAGAAAUGUUUGACUUGGUUGAAAACUCACCUGUGCCAAUGUUUCCCUGCUGAUGACCAAUAGAACAUUUCAGUUAACCUAAUGUUUACACGCUCUCUUAAUUUAGUAGAGAUUUUUAAAAAAGUAUGAUACUGAAAGCUGUAGUUAAAACACAACAUGCAGGCAUGUUGACCUAAAUGGAAAUCUAAGUGUUUUUUGUUCUGUGCUAUACAAUUUGUAUAGUGACCUUGUUGAGUGCACAGGUUCUUCUUGUGGUGUUCAAGCCACUCAGAAACUUUCAUGUAGAUAUGAGUGUUUGGUUUUUUUCAAGGUGGAAGGGAGGAAGUGAAAGACAAAUCUUUCCAGGAAAAGACAAAGACUGUUUCUUCCACCUGUGGAAUGUAUACUGUUGUGUGUAUUAAGUUAAUUUCACAGUUGUCUUUAGUCCAUAUUUCAUAUGUUGUGUGUCCACAUUGGUUUUGUAGCCUCCGCCUGGUUUGAUUUAUAUAUCUAAAGUCAUCUGUGUUUCUUACUGCAUUCCUUCUUUAUGGUAUCCUACAGUACCUUUAUAGGACAAACACACACACACUGCUGUAGAAAUGAGAGCACAUGGAGAUUAUGCUUAUCUGGAAUACCAAAUGUUCCCUAACAGGACCCUUCGUUCACUCAUAUCUCUAACUCUCCUGGGGUAUCAACAGGUUUAUCAUUCCCAUACAUAGUAUUACUCUCAAAGCCCCUGUGAAAAUACACAGUGUGCUUGUAUUCAGAUCUUCUUUCCCCAAAUCACUGCAAGUAUUCAAACAACUUGUUAGCACACACUAUAACCCUAUAUACUUGUGAUUCAUGUAAGAUAAGCAAUAAUUCUUAGUGAUUCAUAUGUUGAGCGAUGACCAGUGUGUCAUGUAUGUAUGAUUUAUGUAAAUAAAACUUAAUAAUAUUA